UUGUAGUCCACCUAGCUACAGGCCUUCAGAUCCCUCCUAACGAGCCAUGGAGGCAGACGCAAGCCAUGCACCCACCACCUCUUCCUCCUCCGUCUCGUCGUCGACAUUGUCCACCUCCUCCUCCUCCUCCUCCCUCGCCACCAGUGUGCUAGAGCUCCCCAAGAACCCCAAGCCCAAGCACCCGAAGAAACGCAAGAGAGCCGCCGCCGACCAAGAAACGGACGCCGCCGCGGCCACCAUUGGCGCACGAGGAGACGAGAGCAGCUGCUGCAGCACCGACGAAGACAACGCCGCGAGCGUCAAGGCAGCCGUGUCCAAGAGCGGCUUCAAGCACCCGUCGUACCGCGGCGUGCGGCGCCGGAGCUGGGGUAAGUGGGUGUCCGAGAUCCGUGAGCCGCGCAAGAAGUCGCGCAUCUGGCUCGGCACCUUCCCCACCGCGGAGAUGGCGGCGCGAGCCCACGACGUGGCCGCGCUCGCCAUCAAGGGCCGCUCCGCGCACCUCAACUUCCCGGAGCUCGCCCACGAGCUGCCCCGCCCGGACUCCACGUCGCCCGCGGACAUCCAGGCCGCCGCCGCGAAGGCCGCCGCCACCGCCGCCGUGCAGUGCGAGGCCGAGCCGGAGCACGAGCACGAGCCCGAGACGCCGUCGUCGUCCGGCGCCGUUUCGGAGACACCGGAGGCUGCAGCCUGCACCGAAGCGGUGCCCGCGGACAGCGGCGAGGUCGACAAUGCGCUGUUCGACCUGCCCGACCUUCUUCUGGACCUGAGGGAUGGGCUCUUCUGGUCGCCGGUCUGGCCGGUGGCGCUGGCCGCCGAGGAGUACGACGGGGGCUGCUGCGUUGGGCUCAGUGAGCCUCUCUUGUGGGCCGAGUAGGAAUAUAUUCUUCAGUUUUUACCGUUCUGGGCUCAUGAAUUGCUUUGCUAGUGUACUAGUAGUAUGGCAAGGUUGGCUAAAAAAAAGUAGUAUGGCAAGGAUAAAAGAUUUAGUGGUAGCAGUAGCACUGCUAUUGGAAAAAAGUUAUCGUCAGCUGUUUGUGAGUCU